GAACAUGUCCCAUUACUCAAUUCACAUUCCCUCUGCCUCCUCUCUGUCUUCUAUCAAUUUCUUCUUCUUCUUCCUCUCGCUCUGCCCACCAUUUAUCUUCAACCUCCCACACCCAACUUCGGGCUUCACCCGUAUGAACCCGCCAUGGCUCGCCAUUGCCACCGUCUCCUCCUCCUCCCCUUGUUUUCCCUGCUCUUUAUCCUGAUCAGGGUCCCGCAGUCUUCGGGGAGCAGCAGUUGGUUCUCAAACUGCAGCAGUUCUUUCAGCUGUGGGGACAUCCGGGACGUGAACUUCCCUUUCUGGGGAGGUGACAGGCCUUACGGAUGUGGGCACCCAGCGUUGGAGCUCACCUGCAAGAACAACUCCACCUCUGUCUUGAUCGGAGGGCUGAAGUACUUGGUCCGGGAGGUGAACUCGGACACACAGCUCCUCAGGAUCGCGAGGCAGGACUUCUUGGAAGGAAUCUGUUUGAAGAAGUUCGUCAACACCACACUUGACCCGGAGCUCUUCGAUCUGGUUCCCGGUUACACGAACUUUAGCUUCAUGUAUGGCUGCCCUCCAAUGUACUACCCUUUCCCGACGCAAUUCAAAUGCUCCAGCAACGGCUUGCAGAACCCGGACGGUUAUAUCUUUCUGGGAGAUAAAUGGCCUUCGGCUUGUGUCACCAGUGUCGUCGUUCCCCUCUAUGAUACCAUGCUCUCUCCUUUCGAAAAUAGUUCAGUCGACUUUCAGUCUGUAUUGCAGGAAGGAUUCGAGGUUAAGCUGAAGGUGGACAGUGAUGCUUGCAGUGAGUGUGUUCAGUCUAAUGGAGUUUGUGGAUACGAUCUUAUCGCAAAUGGGACGACCUGCUACUGCUCGGGUCAGUCUUCCGGUUCCAAGUCCUGUGCUUUUACGUUCACACCAUCCCCUGCAGCCCCACAGGCACAGCCUUCUCCUCCUCCACAGCCAGCGAAGAAAGAAAAGAUAUCCAUUGGCAUAGGGAUUGCCAUAGCGGGAGCUGGUACAGUUGGAAUUCUGCUUGGAUGGUGGCUCUUUUUUCUAUUACAAAGAAGUAAGAGAGCGAAAAGAUCUUCUUUCCCGACCACGAUGAAGGACCUCCCUCCAACUCCUUCGAGCAAGAGCCUUCUUGUUUCUGCAAGCAGUUGUUUCUCUAGAGCCACGCCUACGGAUCCCUCUUCAAAGUCCGAACUUGGGAGCAGAAGCACUUAUUUCGGAGUUCGGCUUUUCAGUUACAGGGAGCUCGAAGAAGCAACCUACAAUUUCGAUCCAUCUAAAGAACUUGGAGAUGGAGGUUUCGGAACUGUUUACUAUGGUAAGCUCCGUGAUGGACGAGCCGUUGCAGUUAAACGCCUGUACGAGCAUAAUCUGAAGAGGGUCGAGCAGUUUAUGAACGAACUCGAGAUUUUGACACGACUGCAGCACCCGAACCUCGUGAAGCUCCAUGGAUGCACCUCGAGGAGGAGCCAAGAGCUUCUCCUGGUAUAUGAAUAUGUCUCAAAUGGGACGGUGGCCGAUCAUCUCUUUGGAAGGAACCGAGCUACUUCGGGUCCUCUUCCUUGGCGUGCAAGAUUGGAUAUUGCCAUAGAGACAGCAGACGCUAUGGCAUACCUCCAUGCAUCCGAUGUGAUCCAUAGGGACGUGAAGACCAACAACAUCCUACUGGACAAAAGCUUCCAUGUGAAGGUAGCUGAUUUCGGCCUGUCAAGGUUGUUCCCAACAGACGUCACCCACGUGUCGACAGCCCCACAGGGGACUCCUGGAUACGUGGAUCCCGAGUACUACCAGUGCUACCGUCUUACUGACAAGAGCGACGUGUAUAGCUUCGGAGUAGUCCUAUGCGAGCUCAUAUCGUCAAAACCUGCUGUGGACACCAACCGGCAUCGCCAUGACAUAAACUUAGCUGGCAUGGCAGUUAAUAGGAUUCAGAACUGUGCGUUGCACGAGCUUGUCGAUCCCAGUCUGGGGUUCGAUACGGAUUACAUUGUGAGGAGGACCGUGACCCUGGUGGCAGAGUUGGCUUUCCGGUGUCUGCAGGAUGAUAGAGAUGCGAGGCCCACCAUGGCCGAAGUGCUCGAGUCUCUCAGGAUGAUCGGUAAUGAGCGAGUGAGCGAACAGAAGGUAGAGGUCAUGGAGGAAGUGCUCGGCGCGUUAAGAGGAUUUGGGGAUGAGAAGGCAACUUUUAGGACUAGGAAACCUGAGGUGAUCGACAUUCGGUCCGAUGAUGUCGGGCUACUGAGGCAAGUUCCUCCCCCGAUUUCGCCCGACUCCACCGAAUGGACUAGCACCUCCCUGACUCCUAACUCUGUUUAACGUUCGAGUCGAGGUUGCGUCUUCUACCUUGGCUGACACUGUACAAGAUUGUCCAUGAGAUACUACUCUCUAGCAAGCAUAAAGCAUAACAUCAGUUCUUCCAGAGCUGACUCAAUUAUUCACUUGAAUGAAAUCAAGCAACGAUCCAUAUGUAUGAAGACAAACAUGAAAGACACGAAUUUCCGAAUCCAGAAUUUGUUCUCUUUGUGCUUUGCAGGGUGAAAAGGGGAAAGGCUCAUGCAAGCCAACCGCUCAUAUGGAGCACUAAAUCACCUUAUCGUUUUAUCGAUAAAAUCAUGAGGUGUCUUUUAAGUUUGUUGUAUCGAGACAAAUUCUUGCUCAAUUAUGGACUUAGACUCAUUGUAAUAUUUCACAAAUUCUUGCUUAAUCUAUUGGAACAGUUCCCGGUA